CGCCAUUGUUGAGACAUGUCCAACAAAAUGGCCUACCGUUUCUCCCUACUUCUCUCCCUUUUAGUUCUUACCUUAUGCAAGCCAUCUACUGGGGCAGGUAUUGCCAUCUACUGGGGCCAAAAUGGCAAUGAAGGCACCUUGGCCGAAACUUGUGCCUCGGGAAAUUAUCAAUACGUGAACAUAGCUUUCUUGUCUACUUUUGGGAAUGGCCAAACUCCAGUGCUGAACCUAGCAGGUCAUUGUAAUCCUAGUUCUAAUGGUUGCACUGGUUUGAGCUCUGAUAUUGCAGCUUGCCAAGGUCAGGGCAUCAAAGUCCUACUGUCCCUUGGAGGAGGUGCAGGUAGCUACUCUCUUUCAUCGGCGGAUGAUGCAAACCAAGUCGCUAAUUAUCUUUGGAAUAACUUCCUUGGUGGGACGUCCGAUUCACGUCCACUAGGAAAUGCCGUUUUGGAUGGUAUUGAUUUUGAUAUUGAGGGAGGUUCAGACCAAUUCUGGGAUGAUCUUGCUAAGGCCCUUAAUGGGUUUAGCCAACAAAGAAAGGUAUACUUGUCAGCGGCUCCACAAUGUCCAUUCCCUGAUGCUCAUCUAAGCAACGCAAUUAACACUGGCCAUUUCGAUUACGUGUGGGUCCAAUUCUAUAACAAUCCUCAAUGUCAAUACAGCGGGAGUGCUGACAAUCUCUUGAGUGCAUGGAAUCAGUGGAGCACAGUCCAAGCGAGCCAAGUGUUUUUGGGACUUCCUGCGGCAGAAGAAGCAGCCCCUAGUGGUGGAUUCAUCCCGGCCGAUGUGUUGACUUCUCAAGUUCUUCCAUCUAUCAAGAGUUCCUCCAAGUAUGGAGGAGUGAUGCUGUGGAGCAAGUUUUAUGACAAUGGAUAUAGCUCAUCUAUAAAGAGUGCAGUGUGAUUAAGUUAUAAUUAGCCAAUAAAACAUGAUCAUAUGCACUACUUAAUUUAUAUCUAUAUAGAAUUAUAUAACAAAACUGAAUAAUGAAAUGUUCCAAGUGGUUUAAUUUCU